AGGCGGGAUGAAGCUCUAAACGGGACUUUUAGUAGCCGUCUUUCGUACAAAUCGAGCGCAACGGAAGUAGUGAUUCCCGCAGGAGAACACUUAGAUUUGGGAGUGAAAAGUGCGAUAAAGUGAAAAACAUGACUGUUGGGGAAAACGGAGAAAUACUGCCGUUGCGGGGAGAAUUUGCAACGCUCUUCGUGGGAAAACGUACCUCGGAGGAAUCGCAGAACCUCAGCAACAAGAUAACUGUCAGCGUGUACACCGCCACUGCACUGAGCUCGUCUGAAUCCAGUGGAAGUAUUCGCGAGAAAUGGGGUAAGAAUAUCGAGUUUCUACUGUCUUGUGUGGCACUAUCCGUUGGAUUCGGGAACAUCUGGAGGUUUCCCUAUACAGCACUGGAGCAUGGAGGCGGAUCGUUCCUUCUUCCGUAUCUAGUGGUGUUGUUUGUGGUCGGACGACCACUGUACUACCUGGAGAUGAUCGUCGGUCAGUUUUCCAGUCGGGGGUGUGUGAAGGUCUACGAUAUGUGUCCACUGAUGCGAGGUGUUGGAGUUGGACAGACGAUAACGAUGUUUACGAUCGUCGGUUACUACGCAGCGGUAUUGGCGUUGGCUGUUCGAUACUUUUUGGCCUCGUUUCAAGACCCCCUGCCGUGGAGCACAUGUCGAGCGGAUUGGUUGAACUGCGUGAACUCAAACGGGUCGAAUUUGCCUGAAAUACACGUCGUGGAUAAUGUAACCAUACAUACCAAAACCGAACCAAUACCAUCGGCGCAGUUAUACUUUGAGAAAACCAUCGUGAACAAGUUCCCGGACCUAUCCAACGGAAUUGGAUUGCCAAGUUACCAGUUGGUGCUAUGUCUGCUGGCUACCUGGAUCGUGAUAACAGUCUUGCUAAUCAAGGGUAUCAAGAGCUCCGGAAAGGCAUCCUACUUCUUGGCCAUCUUUCCGUAUGUAAUAUUAUUUGGGCUGCUCAUCCGGUCCGUUACCCUAGAAGGCGCUCUCAAAGGCAUAAUGUACUUUAUAACACCCCAGUUGGACAAGCUACUGGAUAUCAACGUGUGGUACGCAGCUGUCACUCAAUGCUUCUUUUCCUUAACCAUCGGCUUGGGAGCUGUUAUCGUUUACUCUUCGUUCAACAGUUUCUCCAACAACAUCUAUCGAGACGCCAUGAUCAUCUCUUGGAUGGACACCGUUACCUCCAUGCUGUCCGGAGUAAUAGUGUUUGGAGUGGUAGGAAACCUGGCACAUGUUACAAACCGUGAAAUAGACAAAGUUAUGAAAGGCGGGCCUGAAUUGGUGUUUGUAGUCUAUCCAGAAGCAAUCGCUAAGAUGGAGCUUGGAUCUACCUUAUUCUCCAUCACGUUCUUCCUAAUGUUCAUUCUGCUGGGAUUGGGCAGCAAUAUUGGUAUCGUUACAACAAUCCUGACUUCAAUCAAGGAUCGGUAUCCGAAGGUGGAAACCUGGAAGGUUGUAGUCGGCAUCGCACUCGCAGCUUUUUGUUGUGGUUUGAUCUACAUUUCACCGGGAGGCUUAUACAUGCUUGAUGUAGUGGACUACUACGGAGUUCAAUUCCCCACAUUGAUCCUCGUAGCUCUUGAAGCAUUCACCUUUUGCUGGUUGUAUGGCGUGGACCGGAUCUGUUUGGAUAUCAAAACAAUGCUCCACAUUAAAACUGGCCUUUUCUGGAGAGUCUGCUGGUCUAUAGUUUCCCUGGGCAUUCUUCUGACUAUCACUGGUCUCGAGUUUUACAAAUACGAACCCAAAAAAUAUCCAUCGGGAUACAACAUAUUCGGUUGGUGCUUGUUUGGAUUUACCGUGCUGCAGGUUGUCGCUUGGGCCAUCUUCGCCACUGCCAAGGGACCAAAGGAUGGCAUUUGCAAAAACGUGGUGUAUGCGCUGAAACCCACCGCAGAUUGGGGCCCGGAAACGGAUAGUACAAAACAGGAGUACGACUUGGCCGUGAUGAAACACAAACAGGAACGGAAGCGGCACGUAACGCUACGAGCGAGACUUUACAGUAAGAUAUUCAAAUGAUUCCAAAGCAAUUGAUUUAAUGCACAAGAUUUGCUAUCAAAUCAUAUUUAUUACGCUACGUAGUACAAAAAUAUCGUAGAGUAGGAUCGAUAGUGCACUGCCCAAUUUUAUAUGUUUGGAAUUAAGGAAUAUACAUCAAAAAAUACUUUGUUUUGUCAGACAGUAGCACUUAGGCUAAGGACAUAUCAAAAGAUUAAUAAAGUUGAUUGUUCGCAAUUUUUCGCUGUUUUUGAGAGUUUUUUUUUAAAUGUUUUUCUCUUAUAACUACCUUCCGAAACAUCUGAUGUACAAAUAAAGUCUGGAACGCGCAAA